ACUGCCUUGAUUGUUGUGAAGCCUGCGAUAUCUUUCGUUUUGGGCCAACACCAGGCAAGAGCGAGGCGAAACGAGCUGAGAUGCUGUCUUCAGAAGCAUUCACCGGAAAUUUGAUCAAUCCCAUCUAGCUCUUCUAUCGCCCAUGUAUCCAAAGCAAACUGGUUUAGGGGAUGGACCAGUCUCCAGCCCACUACGAACAAGUGCUCGACCAAGAAGGAGGCCAAUAUCAUAUGGUCGUCCAUAUGUAUAUUAUGGUCCUUCUGCAUCUUUCAAACCCAACAAGAAAAGAACCCCAGCUACUAGAAUUGCCAAGAUGCUCCGUCCAAAGAAGCAAUCCUUGCCAACUACGAAUGCUGUCCCAGUUGAAAAUUUGCGGCGUUCUCAACGACAGAAGAGGGGGCGUCCAAAUUUUAGCCGUUACAGUGAUUCUGAAGACGAGGAUUUAAUGAGUCCCAAGUAUAAAACGUCGAGGAGUCGGAGGAUUAGUAACUCAAAUAAAAAUGUUUUUUCUUCUCCAAAGCAUACGAAAAACAAGGAGAACAGACCUACUCCUAGGCGUGAGGGAUUACGACCACGUCAUUCUCGACUAAUUUCUAGAGAGCGUUUGAAUUCAGAAUCAGAUGAUGAGCAAGGUAGCUCAGAAGAUAAAGCGAGCCAAGAUGAGAUUGAAAAUGGGAAUGAUAUAGAGGAUAAUGAUGUGGAAGAUAUUCAAAAUGAUGAUGACGGUGAUCCUGAACCUGAAGAUGAGGGUGAGGAAGAUGGUGAUGAUGAAGGAGGUGAAGAAGAACAGGAGGUACGAAGGCGAUAUGAUCUUCGAAAUCGUCCCGAUGCUCGGAGACUCUCUAUUGGAGAAGGUAAACCAAGACCAACAUCUCCUCGUAGAGUGUUACAUCAAGGAAUGGGCACCAAGGUUGGGAGAGAUGUAAGGAGGGGUGGAUCAAGAGUUCAUAAACGUCGUAUGUCAAGGAUUGAAGAUUCCGACGAUUCUCUUCUUGUGGAUGAGCUGGAUCAAGCACCUGGUAUACCAUGGGCUCGAGGUGGAAGUAGAUCUGGCCCACCUUGGCUGUUUGGAGGAUUGGACAUGCAUGGGACUGCGUCUUGGGGAUUGAAUAUUGCUGCAUCUGGUUGGGGUCAUCAAAGUGAUGCAUUUUCAAGUUUAUCAUCUGGUAUUCAAACUGCUGGACCAAGCUCUAAAGGUGGGGCUGAUAUUCAACCUGUACAAGUUGAUGAAAAUGUUAGCUUUGAUGACAUUGGUGGCUUGUCAGGAUAUAUUGAUGCUUUGAAGGAGAUGGUAUUCUUUCCUUUACUCUACCCUGAUUUCUUCGCAAGUUAUCAUAUAACUCCACCGAGAGGAGUGCUGUUGUGUGGGCCUCCAGGCACUGGGAAAACAUUAAUUGCUAGAGCAUUAGCAUGUGCUGCAUCAAAGGCCGGCCAAAAGGUCAGUUUCUACAUGCGGAAGGGUGCUGAUGUUCUAAGCAAGUGGGUUGGUGAGGCUGAGCGACAACUGAAACUACUUUUUGAAGAAGCACAGAGGAAUCAACCUUCUAUCAUAUUCUUUGAUGAAAUUGAUGGGCUUGCUCCUGUUAGAUCUAGCAAACAGGAGCAGAUUCAUAAUUCCAUCGUUUCCACUUUGCUUGCUUUGAUGGAUGGGUUAGACUCUCGUGGGCAGGUUGUAUUAAUUGGAGCUACUAAUCGGAUAGAUGCUAUCGAUGGAGCCCUACGCCGCCCUGGUCGUUUUGAUCGUGAAUUUAACUUUCCACUGCCUGGUUGUGAUGCGCGUGCUGAGAUAUUGGCCAUUCACACGCGCAAGUGGAAGAAUCCUCCUUCGGAGGAGCUUCGAUCUGAACUUGCUGCUACUUGUGUAGGUUAUUGUGGUGCUGAUUUGAAGGCUCUCUGCACUGAAGCUGCUAUUCAAGCUUUCCGCCAAAAGUAUCCUCAGGUUUAUACUAGCGAUGACAAGUUUCUAAUAGAUGUUGAGUCAGUCAAGGUUGAAAAGUAUCAUUUUGUUGAAGCCAUGUCCACAAUCACUCCUGCUGCUCAUCGAGGUGCUGUAGUGCAUUCUCGGCCGCUGUCUUCUGUAGUUGCGCCAUGUUUGCAACGACACCUUCAUAAAGCCAUGAAUAUCCUAUCUGAUGCCUUUCCAUUAGCAGCAUCGUCAGAGUUUGCCAAACUUUCCAUGCUUUCUUUUGGAUCCGCAAUUCCGCUAGUUUUUAGACCUCGUCUUUUGCUUUGCGGUGGUGAAGGCGUUGGGUUGGAUCACCUUGGUCCUGCAAUUUUGCAUGAAUUGGAGAAAUUCCCUGUUCAUUCUUUGGGACUUCCGUCACUGCUUUCUGAUCCUAGUGCAAAGACACCUGAGGAAGCGUUGGUACAUAUAUUUGGUGAAGCAAGAAGGACUACUCCAUCAAUACUCUACCUACCUCAAUUUCAUUGUUGGUGGGAGACGGCAGAUGAGCAAUUGAGAGCUGUUUUAUUGACUCUUUUAGAGGAGCUACCUUCUGACUUACCCAUAUUACUGCUUGGAACAUCUUUAGUUUCACUUGCUGAAGUUGAUGAGAAAGCUUCUAUGAUUUUUCCUGAUCGCGUAAUCUAUCAAGUCAGUCCUCCGUCCAGUGAAGAUAAGUCUCUGUUUUUUACCCAUUUAAUUGAGGCUGCUUCCUCAGUUUUGCUGGAGGGCAUGCAGAAAAAAGUGCAAGUGUCAGGAUCCCUUCCUGAACUUCCCAAGGCUCCAGUAGUAGCCAGUGGACCAAAGGCUUCUGAGUUAAGGGCCAAGGUAGAAGCUGAACAGCAUGCCCUUCGACGAUUACGCAUGUGCCUUAGAGAUGUUUGCAACAGGAUUUUAUAUGAUAAAAGGUUUACUGUCUUCCAUUACCCUGUUCUGGAUGAGGAAGCUCCCAAUUACCGCUCAGUGGUCCAGAACCCAAUGGACAUGGCUACAUUACUUCAACACGUUGACGCUGGGCAGUAUAUUACUUGUUCAGCAUUUGUCCAAGAUGUAGAUCUUAUUGUUUCUAAUGCAAAGGCUUAUAAUGGAAAUGACUACAAUGGUGCUCGGAUUGUUAGCAGAGCUUACGAGCUUCGAGAUGCAGUGCAUGGAAUGCUGACGCAGAUGGAUCCGGCGCUGAUUGCAUUCUGUGACAAGAUAGCUGCCCAAGGUGGUCCUCUGAACAUGCCCGAAGAACUUGGUGGAACUAUGUUUCCAUCUACCCCAGUUGUGCAGCUGGGAACUGCUACUCGAGCUAGUGCUCGAUUGCGUAAUGUCCACCCAGACCUUGAUUUCAAUCGAAGUUAUGAGGCAUUAAAACGCCCAAAGAAGAAUGUGGAUGCUGCUCAUCAUGCAGCUUUACAAACAGAAGAGAAACCACCACUGCGUCAAGAUUCAGUUGUGCCAAAGCCAUCUCCCGAUAUCGAAAUGAAUGAAGUGAGUCAUGAAAGUUCAAAAACCUGUCCGGAUGGUGGGAAUCAGUGUGAAGGUUCUGGUAGAGAGGUCCCCGAUUUCACAGAUUGGAAUGGUUCACAAGAUGCUGCUGGGGUAUCGGAUGGGUAUAUCGCGAGGCAAGUCGAGUCGGUGAAGAACGUGCUUGUGGAGCGGAGUGGGAAGUACGGAAUUCCACAGCUUGAAAGACUAUAUACUCGGAUAAUGAAAGCUGUGUUCAAGAUUAAAGAUAAAGAAGAAGAAGAAGGCAUGGAUGAUCCGAAGCAUUCAAUUUUGAAGUUUUUAUUGAAAUUUGCAGAGGAUGAAUCUAAUUUCUGAUGAUAAUUAUUAGUUUAUUACAAAUGGAAUCCUCUUAUUAACCCACCCACCCCCACAAAACAAAAGAAAAAAGAAUGGCUAGAGAAAAGAAAGGUUUCCUCUAUUAGGUUUGAUGUAAAGUCGGGAAUUUCAUUGCAAUGGAAAUCUGUUGAGUGUCUC